CUGGUCCCGGGCUGCGCUGCUCUCUCUCUCUGGUCCCGUCUCAGGACCAACCCACUGGAGUUGUCUGCCUCCACCAUCCUCCUCCCAGGCUGCGGUGCGGUGCGGUGCGGUGCGGUGCGGUGCGGGUACCCGGUGUCCUUCUGCUCCACGCUUCUUGUCCCACAUACAUCAGCCAAGUGUGUGGUUUUUUUUUUUCUUACCAGCACUCUCUGCCUGAGGAGACGGGGGAGAGCCCGAGGCGCUGAGUGAGAAGAAGGAGAAAGAGAGAGAGAGAGAGAAAGAAAGAAAGAGGAGAAGAAGAAGAAGAGAAGAGGUCGCCGUGCUGUCCCUCUCCAGAUCCGGGGCUCAAUCUCCGCCGAGAAGAUGCUGAGAAUAGCCAGUGUGUUGGCUGUAGUGGCUCUGGGGCUGAGCGCCGCUCACACCAAAGUGAAUAAACACAAGCCGUGGAUUGAGACAUCAUACCACGGGGUGAUCACUGAAAACACAGACAUCGUUCUGCUGGAUCCUCCUCUGGUGGCCCUGGACAAAGAUGCCCCCAUCCCCUAUGCAGGGGAGAUCUGUGCGUUCAACAUUCACGGGCUGGAGGCUCCGUUCAAAGCGGUGGUGCUGAACGGUACGUCCGGCGAGGGCCAGCUGAGGGCCCACGGCCUGGUGGACUGCGAGCUGCAGAAGGAAUACACCUUCAUCAUACAGGCUGACGACUGCGGCUCUGGGCCCAAGGGUACUGAGGGCAAGAAGUCCCACAAAGCGGUGGUGCACAUCCAGGUCAACGAUGUGAAUGAGUUUGCUCCUGUGUUUCGGGAGCCCCAGUACCACGCCGCAGUGACAGAGGGCAAGAUUUACGACAGCAUCCUGCAGGUGGAGGCCACUGACCAGGACUGCUCUCCACAGUACAGCCAGAUAUGUAACUACCAGAUCACCACAAGCGCCACGCCCUUCGCAAUAGAUCGCAAUGGUAACAUCCGGAACACGGAGAAGCUGAGCUAUGACCGUCAGCAGCAGUACGAGAUCCAGGUAACAGCGUGGGACUGCGGCCAGAAGAGGGCGCUGCACAGCGUUCCUGUUCGCAUUGACGUCAAGCCUGUCUGCAAACCCGGCUGGCAAGGUUGGAAUAAACAAGUGGACUACGAGCCCGGAACAGGCAGCAAGCAGCUGUUUCCUAAGAUGCACCUGGAGACCUGUGGUGAGCCGCUGUCGUCGGUGAGGACCACGGUGGAGCUGCAGACCAGUCACAUCGGGAAGGGCUGCGACCGGGAAACCUACUCUGAGAAAUCUCUACAGAAGCUUUGUGGAGCCUCCUCGGGCAGCACUGACCUCCUCCCUGCCCCGAGUGCCGCCACCAACUGGACGGCGUCCCUGGUGACUGACAGCGGGAGGGACAGCGAUUUGAUCUUCAGGUUCGAUGGUCGUCAGGCAGCAAAUAUCCCAGAUUGGGUGGUACCCCAGAAUCUGACUGACCAGUUCACCAUAGCGACGUGGAUGAAGCACGGGCCCAGUCCUGGACUCAGAGCUGAGAAGGAGACACUUCUCUGCAACUCGGACAAGACUGAGAUGAACCGUCAUCACUACUCGCUGUACGUCCACAACUGCCGCCUUGUGUUUCUGCUGAGGAGAGACUUCACUCAGGUGGACACGUUCAGACCGGCUGAGUUCCACUGGAAGCUGGAGCAGAUCUGUGACAAGGAGUGGCAUUACUACGUCAUCAAUGUGGAGUUCCCAGUGGUGACGCUCUAUGUGGACGGAGUGACCUACGACCCCUACCUGGUGACAGACGACUGGCCCAUCCACCCCUCACAGAUUGAUGUGCAGCUGACAGUCGGGGCCUGCUGGCAAGGUGGGGAGGUGACCAAGCCGAGGUUCACUCAGUAUUUCCGGGGCAGCCUAUCCGGACUGACCAUCCGACCAGGGAAGAUCGAGAGUCAGAAAGUAAUUUCCUGUCUGCAGGCCUGCAAAGAGGGACUGGACAUCAAUUCCCUUGAGAGCCUGGAUAAGAGCAUAAAGUUCCACUUUAACCCAGCCCAGUCUAUACUGGUGAUGGAGGGAGAGGACUUGGAGAACAUGAACACUGCUGUGAGGAAAGUUUCCUACAUCAACUCUCGCCAGUUUCCCACACCAGGCAUUCGACGUCUGCGCAUCUCCACGACCGUCCAGUGUUUUGGAGAAGACACAUGUAUCACCAUCCCUGACAUCGAGGCGGUGGUGAUGGUGCUUCAGCCCAGCGAGCCCAGGAUCACCAUCACUGGAGUGGAGAGACUGAGCUGGCCAGUUUCUGACCUCAGAGCACGAGGUGGCAUAUCACUUUUCCUGGAUCUCCACAUCAUCAGUACAGUGACCAGGGCAGAUGCCGCAGUACAUCACUCAGCACGUCGUCCCGGGGUGCUGGAGGAGAUCAUUCAUAACUUGGACUAUUGUGACAUUCUGGUGCUGGGGGAGGAGCUGAGGCCAGAGCAGGAGUCUCUUCAACUGCAGCGAAGUGCUCUGCUUGGAAAACACCUUGACGCCACAAACUCCACCUCUGGCAUGUCUAUAUACGGCGUAGACUCCAUGUCCAACUAUGAGCAGGUGAUCAGACAGGUGCGUUACUAUAACUGGCAGCCUUCAUCGCUAAUAGAGAGAAGAUUUCGCCUCACCUGCUCGGAGCUCAACGGACGCUACACCAGCAAUGAGUUCAACCUGGAGGUGAGCGUCGUGCACAGCUCAGAGGCCGGGGAGCAUGUCAAUCACAUGGUAGCCCCGCCUCAGUACAUGCAGAUGGUCCACCAUCCGUCCAUGAUUCACAGCCUGUACCCCAGCCACAACUCAGGUGUACCCAGCGCUGCCACGGUGGUAAUUGUGAUGUGUAUCGCUGCCCUGGUGGUGGUUGUGGUGCUGGGCAUCUACCGCAUUCACCUGAACCACCAGCAGGAGGUCAAGCUGGAGGAUACGGCCAGAGAGGCGGAUAUGACCUGGAACGACUCAUCUCUGACCAUCACCAUCAACCCAAUGGAGAAGCUGGAGGAGCCCCAGGCUGCAGAGGAGGAGGCCAGCGAGGAGGAAGAGGAAGAUGACGAGGAGGAAGAUGACGAGGAAGAGGAGGAAGAAGACGACAUCACCAGCGCUGAGUCAGACGACAGCGAGGAGGAAGCGGACGUCCAGCUACCCAGGAUGCAACGCUCGUGCAAGAAGGGUCAAAACUGGGACAAAACAACAAUAUCUUAUUAAAACACACUCACAGUCACUCACACACACAUCCUGCAACACGGCCAUACACAAACCUCGAAUCUGAUGGUUGAGACAAAAAGACUUUUUGUGAUGUUGAUGAUCUAAAAAUGAGGUAAUGUGCUACUACUGGAAGACACUACACUGAAACACACACACACACACACACACACACACACACACACACACAGUGCAAUGAUUUAACCAUCGCCUUGUCAGAAAACUCCCAUUUUAUACAGCUGAUAAGAAAUGAUAUGACACUAAAACUGCUCGUCAGUCAACUGACUUUCCUUCUCCUUAAAGGGACAGUUUUUAGGUGACAUCUUUCCUCUCUCAUUACCGUCUCCACCACAACUACAGUCUUAAGUGAAAUAAAGUUGUAUGAUUCCUAUUCUGUCGAUUAAACCCCCUGCACCGCACAUUCAGUUUAACGCCUCUGACUCCGUGAGAUUCCUGAUGUCCGGCAAAAAAAUGCAAAACAGUCUUUAUUUAAGAAAACUGAGUUGCAAAAAGUGAAAGAUUCUGACUAUUUUUUGGUUUGUAUACUUCAUGUUAUUUACCAGUCUUUAUUCCAGCCUACGUGGCAAAGCCAGGUGAUUUUACAGAAAUAGCAUAUUUUCAAUGGUACUCAAAAACAAAAACAAAAGAGAAAAAAAAAGAUAAUCUGUAGUCCUGUCGCAGACGUCAUGUUGAACUAGCUGAGGGGUUCUGGGUUUUUGGGAGAGACAGAGGAGUCUCCUUGUACAUUUUUAUACGCUCCUUUCUUGUAAAUACUGAGUAUAGUAGGUGACCCUCCCACCCCUCCUCCACCCCCACUUUCUCCACCCAGAGAGCCUCCUCCACCUGUACACAACACACAUGCCACCAUCUUCAUAAAUGUAUAUGUACACACCCCCGACCCCUUAGUCUGCAGGAGUCUCAGACACGAGCCCUCAGUCCUCUGUGUGUGUGUUUCGAGCUCAGUGUUCAAAUCAUUCCAGCUGACGGUCACUUUGUUAGGAUGGAUGUGUCACCGCCUCUGCAUGUAGGUCACAUGCAACAGGGGGACAGAGUCCUCUCACGAUGUAUUUGUGGACCAUUAAAUUUGCUCAAAUGAAAUUUCACUCUCAGGUGUGUCUCAGCACUCAGUGAGGGAAACCUGUCCUGUUUCAGUUAAUCCCAUAAUCGUCAUUAAUGCUGCAUUGCAAAGAUGAUGGGACGUUAUAAAUCUGUACUUUCUAUGAUAAAAAUGCAGUGAAAUGACCAGAACACUAAUAUCUGAUAUCAUCAUUACAGGUCCACUGCAACUGAGGACAAAACCAACGCUGAUAUUUAACCUUCAAAAAUAAAAACUACAUUCUAGAUAAUAGUUUUCUCAUGUGAACAAAACAUUUUUGGAAAGGGUCCUUUAAAUUUGGUUGAUAGGAAAUUGUGACCAAGCCGUGAGCAGAUCGUCGUAACAACAGAAACAUGAAUACGUUUUAAACAGUUUACUGGAAAAGCAACUACAGAAAAAUAUAUAAUAUCAAAUAUUUAAAUCAAAGUUUUAUUAAUUAAAUAGAUCUAUGAUGAACAUUGUGUGAAGUUAGAGUGUAUGUGGAACAGCCUGGAACACUAAAGCUAUUUUAUAAUAACAAUAGAUAUAAUGACUAAAUGUAAUGUAAACAGAUGUUUUAACACAUUCAGCACCAGACAGAAAAUAGCUUGUGAACAUAGUGGAACAUUUAGCAGCUAAAGAGACAGAUGUUUCUGGUGGAGUUUUGGAGAAGUUGGUGGAGCUGGAGACCAAAACAGAAAGAAUCCAAGACUCACAUUCAUCAGGUGGACACACAGGAGUCUGGAUGAUGUGUAAAUAUGCAGCUGUCUGCUGAUAAAUUCAACAUAUUGAGUGUAUAUGGACAUUGUCGCUGAUGUUGUGCUCAUAUUGUCAGGCUGCUCCAAAGUUGCUAAAAGAAAUUAACCAAUAUAAGUUUUCUCUUUCUUUACCAGUUUUUUUGUUGUUGUUGACACACACUCUGAUUCUGAUAUAUUUGAGGUGAGCUGAAAUGAACUGAUAACUGCAGCCCGACUGUUUAAUCAGUCAGACUCUAGCAUGUGGUAUUUUUUGCGCAUCAUGAAUGAUGCAUUCUGUAGGUGGGUAACUAAUACAGCCAGAUUUAACUGACUCAAGAUGUCCUCUCUCACAUGGGGGAAAAAAGUUCAAGAAAGCUUUACUCCUGAGUUUUGUCAAGUAGAAUUACCAGAAUGCACAAAGAGUGCAUUUACAUCCCUCCUGCAGGAAACAGAUAACUUUCCCAAACUUCUAACUUUGAGAGAAGUGCAGCAUUAAUGGAUGAAAUUUGGGUCCUGGGGAAUGAAGUCACAUUACAUAAAUCCCACUUCAUUAGAAGCACUUGGGGCCACUGAGUUGUGAAGUUGCCUGGUGCAACUUUCAAAUUAAAAGGAGAGAGGGAGAGGUGAAUGCAUUUGGCAGUGUCACAUUUGACAUAAUUAGAAAACAGAUUCGAAGGCGUUUUUUUCUUUUUCACCUUGAAGUGAACAGGCAUUAAUCUCUGGCUGUGGCCGUCGUUAUCCCAGCCUGUCUGUGUCGUUUGACAGAGGAGAGUCCAAAAAUGACAGAAAGAUUUUCUUGCUGUGGUUGACGGUGCGACUGCCAACUGUUAGUCAAACUUUGGUUAAAGUCCCAAACACUGGAUCGUUUCCUCCUCCGAGCAUUUGACAGCUCCUCCGGGUGUCGCUGGGAGAACUUACUGUAUGUGUUCGCUGUAGCUCUGUGUUCAUGUAAAGAUCUCAUAACGUUGUUUAGGAGUUUUUUCUCAUCUUCUGUGACACCUGGUCUUGUGACGUCACCUCCUCACUUGCAACCCCCACCCCCACACAGACUCCUUUAGGUGGAUCUUGCAGCGGCCCGAGCCCUAAUGUUGUCCCGAUGUUUGUUUUAGCAGAGGAGGGCGGUGACUUUAACAUUGAAACCUUGUAUUAUGUGAUUUUUAUUUUAUUUUAUUCUCUCCAGUUUGUUUUUUUCCU